GAGAGAGAGAGGGAGCGUCAUGAGGCCUAAGCCCUUCCCGAUGAGGAUACACUUAUGACUGGAUGGCAGGAGAGACAUGAGAUGGAUUCAUGGGAAGUAGAUGACCAGGCUGAGCAGCGCUCCUGCCUCAUCUGCGGAGACCGCGCCACCGGACUGCACUAUGGCAUUAUUUCCUGCGAGGGCUGCAAGGGCUUCUUCAAGCGCAGCAUCUGCAACAAGCGCGUGUACCGCUGCAGCCGCGACAAGAACUGCGAGAUGUCGCGCAAGCAGCGCAACCGCUGCCAGUACUGCCGCCUGCUCAAGUGUCUACAGAUGGGCAUGAACAGAAAAGCGAUCAGAGAGGACGGCAUGCCGGGCGGAAGGAACAAAAGCAUCGGGCCUGUUCAGAUCUCGGACGAGGAGAUCGAGCGGAUCAUGUCUGGUCAGGAAUUUAAGGAUGAGGCCAACAUGGCAGAGCACACCUGGGGCAACAAUGGCGACAGCGAUCACAGUUCCCCUGGCAACGGCGUCUCCGAUGGCAACCAACCUUCUCCCGCAUCCACGCUCUCCUCCAAUCGCUCAGCGGAGCUGAAUGGCUACACGGCGGCUCUCAGGGAGCAGUACAUCGGCAGCGCCGUGGCCCAGCACUACCAGUUCCUGCCUCACCUGUUCAGCUACGCGGCACAGCCUCGCAGUCUCUAUCCACAGAGUCAUACCCUCAUCAGCCAGCUGGUGGCAGCAGAGGAACUGGCACCACUGGGCACCCCGAUGCUCAUCGAGGACGGGUACCGCGUGACGCAGGUGGAGCUGUUCGCCCUGCUGUGCCGCCUGGCCGACGAGCUGCUCUUCCGCCAGAUCUCGUGGAUCAAGAAGCUGCCGUUCUUCUGCGAGCUCUCCAUCGAGGACUACACGCGCCUGCUGAGCGCCACGUGGCAGGAGCUCAUCCUGCUCGCCUGCCUGACCGUCUACAGCGCGCAGAUCCUGGGAGACCUCGCGAACGUCACCGACAAGUACACGCCGUCCGACCACGAGCUGCAGGGGUUCAGCGAGGAUGGCAUGGAGGUGAUGGAGAAGCUAAUCUAUCUGUUCCGUAAGUUCCACCAGCUGAAGGUCAGCAAUGAAGAGUAUGCCUGCAUGAAGGCCAUCAACUUCCUGAACCAAGAUAUUCGAGGUUUGACUAACGUGACACAGUUGGAGCAGUUGAAUAAGCGGUAUUGGUACGUGUGCCAGGAUUACACCGAGUACAAAUACCCUCACCAACCCAAACGCUUUCCAGAGAUCAUGAUGUGUCUUCCUGAAAUACGCUGCAUUGCUGGGAAGUUGGUGAACGUUCCGUUGGAGCAGCUCCCCCUGCUGUUCAAGGCGGUCCUGCACUCCUGUAAGUCCAGCCUGAGCACCUACAGGUCAAACUCCUCCCCCAGCGUGACGAAAGGCUCCGCCCCUGCCAACUGA